AUGCCGAACCUGACCAAGACGUCACUUUGCAAGGAUCUACUGACUACUGGCACUUGCACAAGGGAUGGAUGCCUCUUUGCGCACAGUGUGGAGGAGCUCAGGGCCACCAACAAAUUUUACAAGACUUCGAUGUGCAGCUUCCACCGGGUGGGCCAGUGCAAGCUUGGAACGGCUUGCCGCCAUGCACACGACCCAGCUGAGCUCACGGAGAUUUCGCGGGUGAAGGCUCUGACCAUGGACGACACGGAGGUGGGCGGAAUGGGCCCAUCUGGCCGAACAGCUGCUCGUCGUGGUCCUCGAAAGACACGUGCCGAGAAGAGCGCAAAGAAGAUAGUGCUGAGCACCGAGGACGAGGAGGAUGACGACUUCCCUGAGACACCGACAUGGGAAAGGAUGACAACUUCUCCAGCUACGUUGGGGUGGCUCCCAAACGCCGCUUUCCAGCCACUGUCGCCCGAGGGUGUCUCAGCUCCCAGCGUCUCGUCCAACUCCACAGCGACUGGCGGGGCUGCGACUGCAUCGCAGCACUCGGAUGAUCAGGAUGAUGAACUGGACGAUGUUGUGGACAUGUGGGCUCGGAUGAAGACCGUGCCCGCCCCCACAGCUAUUACAAGCUCUCCAAUGGACAUUCAUGCCUGCCGGAAUCCGCUGUUCGAGCAGCAUUGGUUCAGCGCCGAUGUCCGUGCGAGAUCCUUCCGUGAGUUUCCUGAGUUGUCGGAAGAACUGAGACUUUGUCCAGCUUUCAAUGGCCAAAAGAACUGUUGCCAGGGAAGCUUGGAACAUGAGCAGGCGUUGUACUUUGCAUACUGGAGGCAGAUUUUCAAGAGCAAGAUCACGCGGAUUAGGCAGUCGCAGCUGUCAACCCUCGAAGUGCAGAGAGACCCGAAAUUUAACAGUGACGAUGGUGAGCGGGACCGCGAGCAGUUCUGGUCGGCCAUUCAAAAGUACGAGAGGCUCCUUGACCCCAAGGCAGGCCACGCCCGCUGCCUGUCGACACUCCUGACUUACGUGGCGGGGAUGAUGUGCUUCGGCUGCAACGCAGAUUGGAAGCACGAGGUUCACCUUGGGUCCACUGGAAAGCUGCUGAGAGUCCUAAUCCCUGAAGGCGACUGCAUCGAGCUUUGGACAGAGUGUGCAGAGUUUGGUGCGCAAGCACGUCAGUUGAGGGAAGCGAUCUUGGACUCCAGUUUGGCGAUGCGAGCGCGGCUGCCGUUUGAAUACCUCCAGAUGUUCGAGGACCAGCAGCAGCUCUGCGAUUGGGCUCACGAUGUCAUUGCCAUGCAUCCCUUCACACGGCCCGGCGAAGUAGAGCGGGAAGGCACCCCGCCUGUCCGACAAAUUGGCGGCAGACGGCUCGACAACAGCACCAGCUUCUCUGAUGUGAUCAUGGAGUAUGAUGUCAUGAAGCAGGGUCGAUCCUCAGGCUUCGACACGUCGUGGGAAGGUGGCGAUGAACCGCGGAGCAAUGAUGAUGGGUUCGUCAAUGAUUCGCAACGAGAUGAGGGCAGUGCCCAUGACCGCUGCUGGGCCGCUGCAAAUGCCGGCUGCGUCUCCAAACAUGUGGUCGAGGCAGACAAGCGGAGGCAUGAUCAUUCAGCAGGCGCUCGGGAGUGGGCAGCGCCUGGUGUGUCGGGCGGUGUUGACCAGCUACCCGGCGUCCAGCUGAACGCAGGAGUUCGGGGUGACAUGCAGCAGAUGGUCAUGGUGCAGGCAAUGCCAACAGUUCAGGCUGUGCCGGCCGUUCAGGCCGUGCCGGCCGUUCAGGCCGUCCCGGCCGUUCAGGCUGUGCCAGCCGGUCAGGCUGUGCCGGCCGUUCAGGGUGUGCAAACGGUCCAGGCCAUGCAAGGCGUGCAGGCCGUGCAGGGCGUGCAGGCUGUGCCAGGCGUGCAAGCUCUGCAAGUUCCUUGCGUCUUCAUGCCAGUUCCGGUGCCACAACAGGUUCCCCAGAAAAGAGGCGGCUAUAUGGACAUGAAUGCCGGCAUUGCUGCACCUUGUGGCAUGGACAUCCACAAGAUGGCGCCCGAGAUGGAGGCCAGGGACGGCCUGAGCACUUCUUCCGUCAGCUCUCAUCAUGAGUUGAAGGUUCUGGGCUUAAACGCCGUUCUUGGCAAUGGGCCGGGAAGAGAGAUUUCCCUCGACUGGGCGUGCUAUGUGCUCGUGUCCGUGGGAUGCUUUGGCACCAUCCACUUGCAACUUUGUGCGACUCCAUGGCAUGAUGGUUUGCUGGCCGCGCUCUGUACCACCUUUGUGGUCUUCUUCUUUUCCUUGGCUUUCCGAAACACCAGCGGCUUGGCUGAUGCUGCCGUCGCGGUGUUUUUUUCAUGGCUCUAUGACUCUGCUGUGAUGCAAAGUGCAAGAUCUCAGGCGUCUAUGACCCGUACUGGUGUUGGAUGGACCAAGGGACUCUCCACAGAGGACUGGCGAUAUCCUCUGAUGGCCCGGAGCCUGGGCAUUCAUGAUAGCUGUGGACCAUUAUACUGGCUUGUCGUGAGCCUACUUGGCUCGCACCUGGUGCCUACAAUGCUGGUUUGGUGGGUCCUUGGACCUGUACACAAGAUCUGGACAGGCGACUCAACACCUGCCUUGGGCGUCCUGGACGUCUUAGCCGUUUGCGUUUCUGUGGCAGGCAUCGCCUUGCAGUUUCUGUCAGACGCUCGGAGCCUUAGAGUUCUUCCCUCAAGCCAGUCGGCAAACGAUUCAACCUACCUGGAAUUCUUCAUCGAGUCCUGUGGCCUUGAGGACCGCACCUUGCACCAGUUCCGCCGCAAGCACGUGGAUUUGACGAGCCACCGAGCCUUCGAGUCUCAAAGUUGCGAGGCAGGCAUCCAUUCAGCACCCUCAAGAUCUCCCAGGUUGCCCAGCCAUCUGUUGCGAGGGCCCUUGGAGUUUCAGCCGCCACCCGAACUACGCUGGGGAGGGAUGAAUCUGGCUACCAUGGCAGAUGACUCUUCUGACUGGCUCUGGUCGCUCGGGGGACUGCUCCACUAUGCAUGCUUCUUCAGAGUCUCGGCGUCCUUAAUGGACCAGAGGAGUCUGGCACAUCGGCCCGGCUUUGAACAGGUUAUGUUGGAGGUAAAUGCUCUGUUUCCAGCUCCUCUGGUCAUUGACAGAGCCGUUGAUCGGCUCCUUAUUCCUACGAUGCGCUCCAAAUGCUCCUGA